CAUCUCUCUCUCUCUCUCCCUCUCUCUCUCUCUCUUCUUAUAUCUCGCUCCUCUGCAUUUCGUUUCUUCAAUCUUCUUCUCUCUCAAAUUUCUCUGCUAGAACGAAGUGAAAAGACUGAAAAGGGCUUCAAUGGCGAAAUUGGUUCUGCUAAUUGCUCUGUGCGUGCUGCCGGCUCUGGCCGCCGCUACCCGUCCCAUGAAGACCCCGUUCACGGUGGAGGGAAAGGUCUACUGCGACACUUGCCGCGCUGGGUACGAGACCAAAGCCAUCACCUACAUUGCCGGUGCCAAGGUUAGACUGGAAUGCAGAGACAAAAGCAGCAUGGCACUCGUGUACACCAAAGAAGGGACAACCGACUCAGCAGGUUGCUAUAAGAUCCCGGUCGCAGAGGACCAUUUGGAUCAGUUCUGUGAUGCAGUCCUUGUUAGCAGCCCUCAGAAGGACUGUGCAACAGUUUCCCCGGGGCGUGAGCGUGCACGGGUCAUCCUCACCGGCUACAAUGGCAUUGCUUCAUACACCCGUUUUGCCAAUGCAAUGGGGUUCAUGAGGACCGAGGCCUUGUCUGGUUGCACCCAGAUUUUGAAGGAACUGCAGGAGCUCGACGUGUAGGUGUCAGUUUGAGUUCCUAGUUUGUGUCUACUACUUUUAAACCUUGCUUGGUUCACGCUGCUAAUGUUUGCUGUUGUUUGCUGGCUUGUUAUCUCAACACCUAGUGAUUUCUUGAUUUAUUUGCUCUACUCCUUAAAUUAUAUUUCAUGGUCUCUUCUGGACUGGAUAAUAUGGUUUCUGUUAUAUAUAUUAAUAAUUGAUUAAAUUGA